AUGGUUUCUCCCUUGCAGAACAGUCUGGAUUUAUUGACAGGCUGGAAGCUGUUAGUGAAGUGGGCCCCUCCCCCUUCCUGGUCUGACCGCACCCUCUUCCCCCUGAAGUACCAAGUCAGAUACCACUGGGACAACAAGGGUACCCCACAUGAGAUCACUUUGGAUCCGUUUGAGGACACCAAGAAAGUUCUACCAGGGCUGUCUCCUGAGAGGUCUUAUCUAGUUCAGGUGUGUUCCAUGGAACUGAUGGGGCUGGGACAGAGCAGUGAUUGGAGCCUACCUAUUACUGUCACUAUACCUGCACACUGAACACACACACAUACACACUGAGAUAACACAGGCAUAUAUGCGCAUGUGUACACACACAUACACAUACACACACACACAGCGAUCCCACACAUAGAUCAACACAGGUCACACCCAUAGAUCAACCGCAUUUGUAAACCACAACUUGGCUUAACAAUGAUAAUAAAAACACUUUAUUUGUAAA